CAAAAAAAUUGAUGUAUAAAUUUUGAUUUUGAGGUCAAUACUCAAUCAGCAAUAGCCAAGGAAGCCAUCACCUUUUUACCUUAGCAUCUAUCUCUCUCUCUUCUUCCUCACCUGCACCUUUUGCUGGUCAGGUUUCUCAUUGAACCCUGGAGAAUCCAGAACCAAAUCCCCCAAAUUCUCUCCCCUAAACUCUAAAUUAUUCAUCAAUCAUUAGUAAAAUUGAUCAAUCUUUAGUAUGAGCAGAAGGGUUCGCCGGAAAGUGGCAAAGAAGGGUAAAGAAAAGCUCCUUUUACCCAGCUACCCUGAGCUCAUUCUUGAUGAAAACGACGGCGAUUUCUCUCAUUCUAUCUUACCCGUCAGCCCUUCCUCCAAUUCCUCCUUACUCACCACCUUCAGAGGUGUCGCCGUCGAUUGGACCACUUUACCGGAUGAUACUGUAAUCCAGCUUUUCGCUCUCUUGAACUAUAGAGACCGAGCUAGCUUGUCUUCUUCGUGUCGAACAUGGCGCAAUCUGGGGUCCACACCUUGUUUGUGGGAGUCUUUAGACCUCCGGGCUCACCGCUGCGACGCUACCUCGGCGGUUUCGUUGUCCUCACGGUGUUCGAACCUCCGCCGCCUUCGAUUUAUUGGGACGGAGUCAGCUGAUGCAAUUGUUUAUCUUAAAGCAAGGGACUUGCGAGAGAUUUCUGGCGAUUACUGCCGGAAGAUGACCGACGCUACCCUUUCUGUCAUUGCUGCCCGGCAUGAGAUGCUUGAGAGUCUUCAAUUGGGACCGGAUUUCUGUGAGAGAAUCAGCAGUGAUGCGAUCCGGGCAGUUGCAAUUUGCUGCCCGAGGUUGAGGAGGCUCAGAUUAUCAGGGGUAAGAGAAAUUGAUUCUGAUGCUAUUAAUGCCCUUGCUAAGAAUUGUGUUAAUUUGUGUGAUAUUGGGUUUAUGGAUUGUUUGAAAGUUGAUGAAACUGCUUUGGGUAAUGUGGGUUCCCUUAGAUUUCUAUCUGUUGCUGGGACUUCUAAUUUGAAAUGGGGUUUGGUGUCUCAUCUUUGGAGUAAGUUGCCUAAUUUAGUUGCAUUAGAUGUUUCAAGGACUGAUAUUGGUCCUACUGCGGUGUCGAGGAUGUUGUUGUCUAGUCAGAGUUUGAAGGUUUUGAGUGCACUCAAUUGUACACAUGUUGAGGAAGAUGCAAACUUUGUGACUAGCAGCAAUGGGACCAAAGGUAAGUUGUUGUUGUCCCUGCUCAAUGAUAUUUUCAAAGGGGUAGGUUCUUUAUUCGUCGAUAAUUCAAUGAAAGGAAGGAAUGUGUUUUUGGAUUGGAGGGAUUCCAAGAGGAAAGAUCGGAAAUUGGAUGACAUUAUGACUUGGCUCGAAUGGGUUCUCUCGUAUUCACUUUUGCGAAUUGCCGAGAGUAAUCCUCCUGGUUUGGAUAACUUUUGGGUCAGUCAGGGUGCUACAUUGUUGCUCACUUUGAUGCAGAGUUCACAGGAGGAUGUUCAGGAAAGGGCAGCUACUGGGCUUGCUACUUUUGUGGUUAUUGAUGAUGAGAAUACAAGCAUUGAUGGAAAACGAGCGGAAGCAGUUAUGCGUGGUGGGGGUGUGCAGCUUCUCCUUUAUCUCGCCAGUUCGUGGCGGGAAGGAUUGCAGGCAGAGUCUGCUAAGGCAAUUGCAAAUUUGUCUGUAAAUGCUAGUGUUGCAAAAGCUGUAGCUGAUGAAGGAGGUAUCACUAUUCUUGCAAAUUUGGCAAGGUCCAUGAACAGGCUGGUUGCCGAGGAGGCUGCUGGUGGAUUAUGGAAUUUGUCAGUUGGAGAAGAGCACAAGGGUGCCAUUGCAAAGGCAGGAGGUGUUAAAGCUUUAGUUGAUCUUAUCUUCAAAUGGUCAACUGGUGGUGAUGGAGUUCUGGAACGAGCGGCUGGUGCUUUGGCUAACUUGGCAGCUGAUGACAAAUGUAGCAUGGAGGUCGCACUUGCUGGUGGUGUACAUGCAUUAGUGACGCUGGCCCGCAACUGCAAGUUUGAGGGAGUGCAAGAGCAGGCUGCACGAGCCUUGGCAAACUUGGCAGCUCACGGUGAUAGUAACAGUAACAAUUCAGCUGUAGGACAGGAGGCUGGUGCUCUUGAAGCCUUGGUACAGCUGACACAAUCUCCUCAUGAAGGCGUCAGGCAGGAGUCUGCUGGUGCAUUGUGGAAUUUGUCAUUUGAUGAUCGAAAUCGGGAAGCAAUUGCUGCUGCUGGUGGUGUUGAGGCAUUGGUAGCUCUUGCACAAUCUUGCUCAAAUGCUUCUCCAGGUCUUCAGGAAAGGGCUGCUGGUGCUUUAUGGGGUCUAUCAGUGUCAGAGGCAAAUAGCAUUGCUAUCGGUCGGGAAGGAGGUGUUGCGCCUCUUAUUGCGUUGGCACGUUCCGAAGCUGAAGAUGUUUAUGAGACAGCUGCUGGAGCUCUUUGGAACCUUGCCUUUAACCCUGGUAACGCACUGCGGAUUGUGGAAGAAGGUGGGGUCCCUGCCCUUGUACAUCUCUGUUCCUCUUCAGUGUCAAAGAUGGCAAGGUUCAUGGCUGCAUUAGCACUGGCAUAUAUGUUUGAUGGAAGGAUAAGUGAAGUUGCUGUGACAGGAACUUCAUCUGAGGGCGCGUCAAAGUGUGUAAGCUUGGAUGGAGCUAGAAGGAUGGCUUUGAAACAUAUUGAAGCAUUUGUGCUUACCUUUUCUGAUCCUCAAGCAUUUGCAGCAGCUGCAAUAUCAUCAGCUCCUGCAGCAUUGGCACAAGUAACAGAAGCAGCUCGAAUACAGGAAGCUGGGCAUCUUAGAUGCAGUGGAGCAGAAAUUGGGAGAUUUGUGGCAAUGCUGCGUAACCCGUCUUCAAUAUUAAAGACUUGUGCUGCCUUUGCUCUUCUCCAGUUCACAAUACCAGGUGGCCGGCAUGCUGUACACCAUGCAAAUCUGUUGCAGAAUGCAGGAGCCGCAAGAGUCCUGCGUGCAGCAGCAGCAGCUGCAACUGCUCCACUUGAAGCCAAAGUCUUUGCGAGAAUAGUUCUGCGAAAUCUGGAACAUCACCUGAUUGAAAUGUCAAUUUGAAGACCCACGACCCACAGACCCUAUCAACCUUGGCCUUUAUCUUGAAGCCUUCUUCAUACUGGUGUUACUUAGAAGGCUUCUCCGCAGUGUUGUAUAUUCAGGACAAUAUUUCAUCAGCAUCAGGAAAUGACACGGGGUUCUAUAUAAAAUACCAGAAAGCAACCCGGGUUCAGGUUCUUCGAGCCUGAAGCUUUUCGAAAAUGUUGAAUUAUGAGUUAGUGAAAAAAGUAAUUUGUCCUGUAAGUGUUUUGAAGACAAUUAAAAUCACCAUUUUUUGUUGGUCCCAUGGGCGACUUGGUGGUCAUGUACUCAUUGUGACGAUAUUUUCAUAUUAUGUGUGCAGUUGACAAAUAUUAUUGGACUUGUGAAUAAGGGCACAUUUGCCCUGUGACUGCAACCUAUUCUUCAA